AUGUUGCAAGAACAUAGAGAGCUAAAGCAAGAAAUGGAGCGUAUGAAGUUCAAAAUUGAAAGACAACACCAGUCAGACCAAAGUCAAUCUAAUAAACAACAUGGUAAGAGAAUCAAAAUUGGUAAUAGUAGUAGGGAAUUAGGUCAAAUACCAACACAACCAUUUAUAAAUCCUAAAAAUUUAGAUGGUUCCUCGAGCCAACAUCAUGUGUAUCAAGUAGAUUUUCAUGAUCAAGACUGAGACCCUUAAUGCUAUUUCAAAACUUCGAAAUGGUAAGGUGCUCAUUGACCCAUAUUGCACAAUUGUAGGAGAUUCAAUGAAUGAAGUACUUGAAGCACAACAAGAGGUGAGUUUGUCGAAAAAUAAAGGUAAGAAAAAGAAAAUCAUUGAACCUGAUCCUCAAGCAUAUGUUCCUCCCAUUCCUUUUCCUGAAGCAUUACAUGGUGUAAAGGUUAAGAAUAAUGUUAACGAUGAUUAAAUUUUAGAUAUUUUUAAAUAAGUCACGAUUAGCAUUCCUCUUGUAGAUACCAUUCAAUAUAUUCAUGCAUAUGCUAAAAAUUUUAAAAGGUUGUGUACACUACUUAAGAAACAUAAACAUAUUCAAUUGUCUAGGACAAUUAGUUCUAUAUUAUUGAAUAAAAUUCUUACAAAGCGGCGUGAUCCAAGAGCAACAUUGAUCAAAUGUGAAAUCCAAGGUAUGAUUUUUAAAUGUUCUUUACUUGAUUCAGGAGCAAGUGUUAAUAUUUUACCCAAGGCCCUAUAUGAUUUGUAUAAAAUCAGUGAUUUACAGCCAUUAUUAGUAGAAUUGUAAUUGGCUGAUGGAUCAAUCCGUCAACUAUAUGGGGUAUUAGAAGAUGUUAUUAUUAAUUAAACAUUAUUAUUUUUCAGUAGAUUUUAUUAUUGCUGAUAUGAAAAUUACAAAAAAUAUUAGUCAUGCUCUAAUUAUUUUAGGGUGACCAUGUUUAGCCAUAGCAAAAGUAAUAACAAAUUGGGGUAAGGGGAUGAUAAAAUUAAAAUUCAGGCAAGAGAAAGUUGAAUUAAAAAUUAUAAAAUUAUUAAAAUGUCCUAACCAGCUGAAGAUUUGUGCAUGGUUGAUGUUGUUGAUGUGUGUGUAGAGGAAAUUUUUAGCGAAGAUAGAAGCAAUAUGUUUUACCCACACAUUAACGACAAUCUGGAAAAUUCUUCAGCAACUUUGCUCAGUAUUCUUCCAGCCCUUAAGCUAUUACCUUCACACAUGAAGUAUGCAUAUUUAGGCUUACAUGAUACAUUCCCUAUCAUUAUCUUUUCUACCUUAACAAUUGAUCAUGAAGAGAGAUUAGUAAAUAUAUUAAGGUAACACUAGACAACCAUCGGUUGGUCUCUUUCAGACAUGCAAGGGAUUAGUCAUGAAGUAUGUAUGCAUAGAAUAUUCACUAAAGAGAAUGCCUAGCCAAUUAGAGAUGUACAAUGAAGACUCAAUGUAAAAAUAUUGGAGGUAGUUAAGGUUGAAAUCCUAAAGUGGUUGGAUGUUGGAAUCAUCCAUGCAUUUCUCAUAGCCCAUGGAUUAGCCCAAUUCAUGUUGGCCCAAAGAAAUUAGGCAUCAUGGUAUCGACAAAUGACAAAGGAAAGGAAAUUCAAACCCGUCACAAAUUGGAGGGUUUGUAUUGAUUACAAGAAGUUAAAUCAGGUUACUAUGGAUGAUUUUCCCUUGCCAUUUAUUGAUCAAAUAUUAUAACAAACUUGUUGGUCAAUGCUAUUUUUGUUUUUUGGAUAAAUAUUCUAGUUACAAUUAGGUAACAAUAUGUCUAGAAAAUUAGGAGAAGACUACCUUCACCUAUCCUUUUGGUAUGUACGCUUUCACUAG